UGUAAUAUACUUGGCCAUCAAUGUUCUUACAUAGCAAGUUAUUCAAAGGACGAGUAUCUCAAUGCUAUUCAGAACGUGGGAACUCUUGACAGCAGAGAAUUUAACCGGUAUAGAAAAAAAGGUACAUUGGAGCACAACAAACAGGUUUACAAAGACAAAUCAUCAAAAAAUACGAAGAAUGUAAUUUUAAAAGACAUCAACAUCUCUAUCAACGUAGGCUCUGAGUGUCAUGUAUAUAAUCUCACUGUUGACUGUUCAAAGCUACAUCUAAAGGAAAUAAAUUCUUCCUGGUUUUCAAAUAACACUGAGAUGAUUUUACUGAACGACAAUCUUCUGACUCGACUCGUCAAUUCAACAUUUGUACACUUCAGUCAUUUAACUCAUUUAGAUCUCUCAAACAAUGAGAUUUCACUCAUUGAUCUUCUCGCAUUUGACGGUUUGACCAGUUUGAAAUAUUUAAGCCUACGUCACAAUAGCAUCUCUUUCGAUGCGGUUUCCACUAUAAUUUUAAAACCUUUAAAUAAUUUGCAGCUAUUGGAUCUAAUACAGCAGCCUAGUGCUGGAAUAACCGAUGUUUCAGUUUCAUUGUUGCAAUCAUUGACAAAGUUACGCACGUUGGCGAUUAAUACAUUUAAUUCUACUCUCUACUUUGGGCCUGAGUUCCUUAACUUAACGCAUCUGGAAGUAUUAGAGAUUACUGGAUCAACACGGUACGUAACUGAGUCAUCCUUUAAAAAUGUCAAUGGCUUAAAAGAGCUGAUUGUACGAGACAUGCAGUUAUUGAAACAAAUGGAUGACAAAGUAUUUGUACAUUUAGACAAACUAACGAGUCUUACACUGGCGUAUGUUUCAAUAGAUUUGCAGAGGGUUUUAGCUUUGUUGUGGCCGUUUAAGGGAAGAUCAAUGUCCGAGAUUUAUUUUGAAGGCGUUACCACGACAUUUUAUAUGCCUGAUCCAAUGAAAAACGGCUAUAUCACUAAAAAAGACUUAAUGUAUAUAACAGACAUUUGUUUAGACACGGUUACAGUGAUAGAAUGUAAUAUCUACUACAUAACGGCGAAUGCCUUUUCAAACAGAAUAACAUGGGAUCGUUGUCUGCGUAAUAUCUAUAUGUCAAGAAACCCAUUAAUCGGAAGUUCUUUUUUUCUUUUUCCACUAGUUCUACUACAGAACUUGACUAAACUUACUGUUAGUGACGCUAUAAGAACAUGUCAGACGUUUUCUCCGUUCCCACGUUUAAGUUUAGUGGAACAUUUUUUUCAAGACACUUCACUCCACUAUUUGUCUCUUGAUGGUCAAACGAAAUUUAAAAACAAUUUAGCAAAUCAAGCACUUAGCAUUCUAAAUGGUACUUUCUAUUUAUAUGUCUCUAAGAAUUUAAUUAGUUGGAAUUUAAAACGAUUGGUGUCUGAUUUAUUUUUACGACUGGACGUGACUUUUUGUGGAGCUGAUAACCUUCAAUACAUUGAUAUAUCGGACAGCGGAUUUAACACAUUUACUGGACAUCUUCGCGGUUUAUCGUCACUCAGAACUGCAAUUGUAUCUGGAAAUGAUAUCUCUAUUCUUUCUGAAUACUUUCUAGAUGAAUUAUAUGGCUUAGAGAACUUGGCUGUGUCUAAAUGUCAGCUUGAUAGAAAUUUUAUCGCACUGAAAAGUGCUCGUAUCUUACAGAAUACAACAAAACUAAAAGUACUUGAUAUUUCCAACAACUCGCUAAAUGGUUUAAGCCAAGGAACUUUCUCUCAAAAUUCAGAACUACUAUAUUUAAGUUUAUCUGGCAAUCAGUUCAAAGACAUUCCGUUUGAUUUAAAAUUUACUCCGAAUCUUAAAAUUUUAGAUUUAAGUAGUAAUAUCAUCACUUCACUCACACCCGAAACUACUAUGGCUGUAGAUUUCUUAAAUUCGAAGAAUAAAUUAUUUCAGCUCAUGUUAAAUGGAAACAUACUUUCUUGUGGUUGCCAUGAUUUAUCAUUUCUUCAAUGGUUGAAUUCAACUUUAGUUCGUUUAGACAACAAUAGAAACUACACCUGCAUGAACAAAGAUGGUGAAAGGACAAACACAUUGACGUUCUCUGAUCUAGAUUCUCUGUGGAGACAAUGUUGGGGUGAAUUAUUUUUUUACAUUGCAAUGAUCACAUUAUGUCUUUAUGUUAUUGGGGUAGUCUUAAUAUUUCUGAUGUUAAGGAAUAAAAACUUUCUUGUUUCAUAUUUCUUACAAAUUUUUGGCAAUUUCAAACUUCACACUAGAUUGGAUUAUAAGACAGAUGUUUAUAUUGCCUAUUCAGAAGAAGACUAUCGAUUUCCUUGCAUUGAACUACGCGAACAUCUGGAAAGAAAUUUGAAAUUGAGCACUUUUAUAAUAGACAGAGAUCUGUUAGCUUCUUUGGACAAAGCCAGUGGUAUCGUGGAUGCAAUAAACUCUUGUUGGAGAGUUUUACUUGUCUGUAGUAAGAGCUUCUUAACGGACGAGGACUGGUCAAUGUUUACUAUGAGGUCAGCUAUGUACGCAGAAAGUCCAGCUAAUCCUGCAAGAAUUGUUUUAAUGGUUCAUACGAGUUGUCUCUUUUUGCUUCCCACAGAACUGUUAAGUGUCGUCAACGAUGAAAAUAUUUUAGUUGUUUCUGAGUGGAGAAUAAACUACAUUCUAAGUGAAACGUUGAGAACACGUCUGACCGCUUAAAUUUAGUGCAUCUUCACAACUAUCAGCAAUAAUUCGCAUAUGCAUGUAUUACCAUUUUAGGAUUUAUAUUUAUUUUUACAAUUUAAUUUCAUUAUAGACACAUAAAUCAUGCUUGUAUUCUAAUAUACUUUUGUUUUGACUUUUGCUUGUAUGAAGCAAAUACACAUUUCCAAAUGAUAAUUAUACUAAUUUUGUUUACAAUAUAACAUUUAAAAUGCAUCUUUUUACUUUCUUUAAAAGAAACACGCUUGUAAAACA